CUUGACACCACGUUUAGCGUGAAAGAUGCAUCUCGCGUCCGGACCCGUCACGGCCAAUGAUAGCAGUAUCCCGUGGCCUUCGCAAAGUAUAAAACUUGUCCUAGCCUCGCAGGUUCCAGUGCUACAGAGGGCAGCGUCAUGAGGACAACACUGACUACCGUCAUUCUUGUGGCCCUACUGGCAGCAAAGCCCAGCCACCUCCACCGCUACAGUUGGACCUUCCCUAACCUCUAUGGCUAUGGAAUUCCAUACGGGGGACUGGGAGGAGUGUAUUCUUUAGCCACUGGAUUUUAUCCAGCCUCUUACGGUUACACAUUCAGAUAUGGCUACCCCUAUGGCGUAGGGCACCACCAUCAUAUUGUCAAAAGGAGUGCCAUCCCCGAAACUAACAUCCACAGAAGAUACGGCACUCAGAUUACAUCACUCGACGGUGGAAUUUUCGGCACUGGUUUGAAACGUGACCAGAGCGGUUCAUAUGGAAUCCAGGAUGAAAACACACUGGUGGGGAACACUGGGUUCGGUGGUGCCUUGGGGAACCUUGCAGUUUAUCCCGUAUACGAAAACAAUGGUAUGUUUGGAAACACCGGAAUUUAUGGCAGUAACUUGAAUGGACUUUACGGCAAUUAUGGAUACGGCCAGGGACACGGUUACGGGCAGGGCUACACUUACGGCUUGGGCUACGGAUAUCCUGCUUACUUCUUCGUGAUUAGAAGUUCCGCCUACAAUGGCUGAGGUUAAUGUCCUGGUCAUGCACAAAUACUCAGGUGAUUAGUACGGCAAGAGUAUCAAGUACAGAAAUAAUUUUUGAUAAUCGUUUUAAAUGAUUGUGAAGUAAUAAAAGAAUACAUUAAAAGUCGAUAGACAGAUAGAAAAAUAAUAAAUGAUAUAUAUAUA